AUGGAGAAAAGAAAGGAAAGCAGCCAUCAUCAUAAGGAGAACAGGAAGGAAAGCAGCCAUCAUCACAAGGAGUGCAGGAAGGAAAGCAGAAAUCAUCACAAUGACAGCAAGAAGGAAAGCAGCCAACAUCACAAGGAGAACAGGAAGGAAAGCAGCCAUCAGCACAAGGAGAGCAGGAAAGAAAGCAGCCAUCAUUACAAGGAGAACAGGAAGAAAAGCAGCCAUCAUCACAAGGAGAACAGGAAGGAAAGCAGCCAUCAUCACAUGGAGAGCAGGAAGGAAAGCAGCCAUCAUUACAAGGAGAGCAGGAAGGAAAGCAGCCAUCAUCACAAGGAGAGCAGGAAGGAAAGCAGCCAUCAUCACAAGGAGAGCAGGAAGGAAAGCAGCCAUCAUCACAAGGAGAACAGGAAGGAAAGCAGCCAUCAUCACAAGGAGAACAGGAAGGAAAGCAGCCAUCAUCACAAGGAGAGCAGGAAGGAAAGCAGCCAUCAUCACAAGGAGAGCAGGAAGGAAAGCAGCCAUCAUCACAAGGAGAGCAGGAAGGAAAGCAGCCAUCAUCACAAGGAGAGCAGGAAGGAAAGCAGCCAUCAUCACAAGGAGAACAGGAAGGAAAGCAGCCAUCAUCACAAGGAGAACAGGAAGGAAAGCAGCCAUCAUCACAAGGAGAGCAGGAAGGAAAGCAGCCAUCAUCACAAGGAGAGCAGGAAGGAAAGCAGCCAUCAUCACAAGGAGAACAGGAAGGAAAGCAGCCAUCAUCACAAGGAGAACAGGAAGGAAAGCAGCCAUCAUCAUAAGGAGAACAGGAAGGAAAGCAGCCAUCAUCACAAGGAGUGCAGGAAGGAAAGCAGAAAUCCUCACAAUGACAGUAAGAAGAAAGCAGCCAUCAUUACAAGGAGAACAGGAAGGAAAGCAGCCAUCAUCACAAGGAGAGCAGGAAGGAAAGCAGUCAUCGUCAAAAGGAGAACAGGAAGGAAAGCAGCCAUCAUCAUAAUGAGAACAGGAAGGAAAGCAGCCAUCAUCACAAGGAGAGAAUGA